CAUUUCUUAACUCAAUCGCCACCGCGAGCCUGGCGGUAGAAACCCGCCGUCCGUCCAAUAAACAGUGGCAUAAUCCGAUUUGGGAUUGACAUCUUCAACAAUGGCGCCGUUCCUCUCCCCUCAGAUUUCCUUCGCCGUCGAAUUUCGCAGCAGUUUCAUCUUCUCUCCUUUGGGAUAGUUUCUAUGUGUACUCCGGUGAGGCUUUCGCUCUUCUUCUCUAAUUGAUAAUCGACCAAAUUGAAUUCUGCAACCAUUUAGAGUAUGUCCGAUCAAACUUCCGAUAAUACCAAGCCGCCAUUGAAGUCCCUUUCCUUACAAGAUUGGGAAUCUUUCUUUGAAGACUUCCACAGCGGUGGACCUCGUCUUCACCGAUGGACUUCUCAAUUUUCCAUCACAUCUUCUUCUCUUAUCGACUUGGUUCUCUCCUCCAUCCUCAAGCGGGAUUUCCCUCUCAAUCUCAAGCUUCAGCUCCUCCAUUUCAUCGACGAGUUCGUUUCCCUGUCCGAUUCCCCUGACUCUGCUGUAUCUGAAUCCAUAUUAGAGCGUUUGGUUGAUACCCUUCGCGUGGUUGUCCAAUCUCCGAACUCCGAUGGCCUUCACUUUACCUUCUCUCUCAAGGAGCAAAUUAUGGUCUCCACCACAUCCAUUUUCAUUUCCCUCGAUGCCUUGAGGAAUUUCGAUGUUCGAUUGCUGGAGAGCUUGAUUGAAUUGCUGCUUACCGUUGUUAAUCGCCCAAAUCAUGGGAUUGAUAGACAGACCCGCGCAAUUGCGUCUGAGUGCUUGAGGGAAUUGGAGAAGGCUUACCCUUGUUUACUGUCACUUGUUGUGGGACAUCUAUGGAGCUUGUGCCAAAGCGAGCGCACGCACGCAUCGCAGAGCUAUAUUUUGCUAUUCACAACCGUCAUCAGUAAUAUUGUUGCUCAAAGAUCAAGCGUAUCGAUUCUCAGCACGUCCGUUCCUUUGGUUCCUUUCAAUGUUCCGCCAUCUGUUCUUGCCCCAGAUUCGAGCACGAAUAGGGAGGUUUCUCCUGGAUUGAAUUCUAAAGAAUUGAGGAGGGCGAUAGCGUUCUUGCUUGAAUCGCCACAAAUUCUUACUCCGCCUGCUAUGGUUGAAUUUAUGACAAUGAUAAUGCCCGUAGCUUUAGCUUUGGAGUUGCAGGCGUCAAUGUUGAAGGUGCAAUUCUUUGGAAUGAUAUAUUCCUUUGAUCCUAUGCUGUGCCAUGUUGUUUUGAUGAUGUAUUUGCAUUUUUUAGACGCAUUUGAUGAGCAAGAAGGCGAGAUUGCUCGCCGUCUUUUGUUGAUUUCUAGAGAAACACAGCAACAUCUGGUUUUCCGUUUGCUUGCACUCCAUUGGUUGUUGGGUUUAUUCAGGACUGAUAGUCCACUAGGCAAAAAGAUGACUUCAGCUGCUGAAAUGGGUUUGAACUUUUAUCCGGCAGUGUUUGAUCCGCUUGCUCUUAAAGCUUUGAAGCUCGACCUUCUUGCCUUCACCUCAAUACGUAAUCAAAUGUCCAAAACUGAGACUGUUUCAGACCAAGAUUCAGAUUCUGGAAAGUCAGUGGUGAAGCUUCUUCAAGAUGGUCUGGUAUGCGUAUCAGCUUUCAAAUGGCUACCUUCAGGAAGCACAGAAACUGCUGUAGCUUUUCGUGCCUUCCAUAAAUUCUUGAUAGGGGUGUCAUCUCAUUCUGUCUCCGACUCGAACGCCGAUAAAAUUCUUGUGGAUUCCAGCAUCUUCCGUAUGUUGCAGGAGAUGCUUGUGGAGUUAAUAUUGGAAAAUCAGAGAUUGGUUCCCGUUAUUGUUGCUUUCACUGACCGGUUGUUAAGGUGUCAAAAGCACAGAUGGUUAGCAGAGAGCCUGCUCCAGAAAUUUGACGAGCAUUUGCUUCCAAAAGUUGCAAUAAACUACAAACUGGUGUCUUGCUUCUCAGUAUUCAAUAGAAUGGCCGAAAAUGAUACGAUACCUCCCAGUGGAUUGCUUGGACUCUUUGCUAAGUUCAUGCUGUUUCUUGUUGAGAAACAUGGACCGGACACGGGGCUGAAGUCUUGGUCUCUUGGAAGUAAGGUACUUGGGAUUUGCAGGACGUUGUUGAUGCACCACCAAAGUUCUCGAUUGUUCCUUAAAAUGUCUCGUCUUCUUGCGUUUACUUGCCUCUAUUUUCCUGACUUGGAAGUUCGUGAUAAUGCAAGGAUCUAUUUACGUAUGCUGAUUUGUGUACCUGGAAAGAAGCUUAGGGACUUGCUAAAACUUGGAGACCAACCCUUUGGCAUUUCUCAAUCUCUUCAUUCUGGUGCUUUGUACAAUGUCCAGUCUCCACGACUUUCUCAUGAUCUCAAAAAGUCCAGAAACAUCUCAUCCUAUAUACAUUUAAAACGAAAAAUCCCCUUACUUGUAAAGCAAUCCUGGUCAUUAUCUCUAUCAACUCUAGGAGUUGAAGAUUAUAAGCUUGGUUUGUCAGAGGGUAUCAGGGACGGCGAACCUGUGGUUGAAGAAAGGGUGACUGAGUUCUCUUCUAACAUUGAAACAAUUAAUCUAGCUCAGGAGCCAUUGCGUGUGAUGGACUCGAAGAUUUCCAAGAUUUUGGAUAUAUUACGGAGACAUUUUUCAUGCAUUCCUGACUUCAGGCAUAUGCCAGGGCUUAAAGUUACAAUAUUUUGUAGCUUAAGUUUUGAAUCGGAGCCAUUCAGUCGCAUUUGGGGAACUGAUACAUUUGCUAAGAAUUUGGAUGAUACGGAUAACCAUCCUGCAAUGUAUGCAACUGUGCUCAAGUUUUCUUCAUCUGCACCUUUUGGUUCUAUUCCAUCUCGUCAUAUACCUUUUAUUUUGGGAGAGUCUACAGGGGAUGAAGGCAGUCCUAGUAAAAGGGUCUCCUCAUUGGACAUUGUUCCCGUUCAGAAUGGUUAUGGAAAAGAUGAAAGAUUUAAGGCUCUGGUAGCAGUUGAAUUGGAACCAAGGGAGCCCACACCAGGACUCGUCGAUGUCUCAAUUGAAUCUACCGCAGGAAGUGGCCAGAUCAUUCGUGGUCCUCUUCAGAGUAUCACAGUAGGACUUGAAGAUUUGUUUCUUAAAGCUGUUGUCCCAUCAGAUAUCUCAAUGGAUGAAAUCCCUGGUUAUUGUUCAGAUUUAUUCAAUGCUCUUUGGGAGGCAUGUGGAACAUCUUCCAAUACUGGGCGAGAGACAUUUUCACUGAAAGGAGGCAAAGGAGUUGCAGCUAUUAGUGGAACCAGAUCAGUCAAACUACUUGAAGUCUCAGUGGCUUCUUUGAUUGAGGCUGUUGAACUCUACCUGGCUCCUUUUAUCGUGAGCGUUAUAGGUGAACAGCUCAUUGAAAUCGUGAAGGAUCGAGAUAUUAUCGAGAAUGUCAUCUGGGAGGACAUGGCAUCUGAGAACUUCUCACAACUGACCUCUUCAGUACCUGAUCUUGAUAGAGGCCCACUACGUCUUACAUAUUUUUCAAAUGAAGAUGAAAUGGGAAGCAACAUCAGUAGCUAUAAGAGAAACAUGGGCCACUUUCAUAUUUUGAUAUUUCUUCCACCAAGGUUUCACCUUCUUUUCCAGAUGGAAGUUUCCGAUUGUUCAACCUUAGUUCGAAUUCGAACUGAUCACUGGCCUUGCUUGGCUUACGUCGAUGAUUACUUGGAGGCUCUGUUUCUCGCAUAAGAGGAUAUCUAUCAGUUUAUCUAUCACCUCGGAAGAGUCUAUCUAGUUUUGUUGUAGACACUUGCAAGAUGAGGGUAUUUUUUUCUUGGAAACCCUUGGUAGAUAUACAAAAUUAGUAAAUACUUGUAGUUUCUGCUCAAAUUGUAUUCUUUCUGUGUACGGAAGAGGGCACUUUCUUUAAGUCGGGGAUCAUUAUAGCAGAGGCUUAAAAGUUGCAAAUGUAAACUUAGUCUGUAUUUACGAUGCAUACAGGUUAAAACCACGUGAUAUGAUUUCUUGCUUUGAGACUUAUGAGCAUACAUUUUUCUCAUUAUAUUUAUAUCUCAGAGAGUGUUUUCAAGUGCUGAUAAGAACGACAUUGGAAAACACAAAAGGGAUUGCUCGUUCUGGCUUGAAAAAUCAGGUUCAAGCGUUCAGGAUUUUGCGCUCGCAUUUUCAUGUCGAGAAAAUUUGCUAAGGUAAGACACUAGAAUGAGCUCGUUUUUCUGUGAGUUGCUCUCUGUAAUGUUUAUUGGAGGCAGUAUACAAAGCAAAACAGUACACUUUUUGAUACAUAGUUCAAAUUGUUCAUUUGUGUUGA